CAGUAAAAUUGACAUUCGAGUGACAGUGGUUGUGAAAAAUGUGCAUGCAGAGCUUUUAAAUUAAAAUUAUUUUAUAAAUCAAAAUCUUAUAUUUAUGUCCAAUCCAUUAAUUACAAAAAUAGCGUGUAAAUUACAGUAAUAAAUAUAAAAAUAAACCAAUUAUUAUAUAAUGUAUUUAUGUUAUUUCAGUACAUAAAUGUCUAAAGCUUAUUAGAUUUGUGAUAAAAUAUCAGAAUUUGUUACGAGAUGAAUGAAAUUGUGAAAUUUGUUAAUAUAUUGGAACCGAGGAACUCUCAAUUCGGAAUAUUUAAAUUUAUGACACGAUCAUGGGAGCCCACAAAAACCUUAACCCUUGAUAAAUACUAUUUCCCGCAAGAACUCAAAAAAGUUGUCGCCGAUUCUGUGUACAUCGAUGCUUUUAUAGAAAAGGAAAGUAUUAGAAAUGGCAUUCCAAAAGAACAACUGAGAAAAGAGGUAUUGGAUUACUUAGAAGAAAUUGCAAUGGAUAAGAAACUACAUGUAAUUCGUUGGAUGGGAAUUGUGUUCCUCAAGAUAUGUUUUAUGAUGAAGAUAGAAGUAUUUGUGAAUGAAUCUUGGGUUUUAAAGUUAAAAUCAUCGAUGGGGAAGAAUCCAGUUUUGUUCUUGCCGACACACCGGAGCUAUGCUGAUUUUUGUCUAAUGACGUAUCUAUGUUACCAUUAUGACAUUGAUCUACCUGCUGUUGCUGCAGGAAUGGAUUUCUAUUCUAUGGCCGUGAUCGGUCAAAAAAUGCGUGAGACCGGCGGGUUUUACAUUCGCCGCACUCUAGUGGGUGCGCCGUUGUAUUCAGCCACGCUUCGCCACUACGUGCGCACUCUGGUUGCCAAGUACAGCGCGCCCGUAGAGUUUUUCCUUGAGGGGACCAGGAGUAGGAGUAAUAAGAGCCUACCACCCAAAUAUGGCAUGCUGUCAAUGACCCUCCUGCCAUACUUCGCAAGCGAAGUGACCGACAUCACAGUGGUACCUGUGAAUAUAAGCUACGACCGUCUCAUGGAGCAAGGACUGUUCGCGUACGAGCACCUGGGUGUUCCAAAACCAAAGGAGACUACAGGGGGUCUCCUUAAGUCUCUACAUAAGUUAAACGAUCACUACGGCAAUAUUUACAUAAAUCUCGGCGAUCCAGUAUCUGUAAGAGAAUAUAUCGGCCAUCAGUUGCCACUUUCCGCAGAAAUGUUGAAACCAUUAGACUUGCAACAACUAAGUGCGGACCAGUUUAAGAGUGUACAAGACAUCGCCAAUCACAUGGUGACGAUGCAACAGAAUUGCACAGUGGUGACCGUAUCCAAUUUACUAUCGAUCGUUUUGAUGGAGAGUUUGACCAAGAACGAGGCGUUGAUUUUAGACCAAGUUUUGGAGAAAAUUGAACGGUUGAUCCAGAUUCUUAGAGCCCUCGGUGCAUCAGUAUUCGAAAACAAUGUUAAAAGUAGCGUCGAAAGAAUAUUAGUGGUGCACAAGAAUUUGAUGAAAGUGGACGGAAAAAAUAGAUUAAGGCUCGUAUCUAGUGCUCUCGUGAAUAUCAAUUCCGAUGUUCAGAAGAAAAUGAAAGGUCACGUUUUAAAGGCAGAAACCAUCGUGAAUGCGAUACCGAUAAUACAAUUACAGCUGUAUGUAAACCCCGUCCUACAUUACCUGGUGCCGCCCGCCAUCAUAUACCUUAUAACCGCGAGAGGGGUCACGAAUAAAGAAGAACUAUCUGCGGACUACUAUAGACUUAGGAAAUUGCUUAUACACGAAUUCUUCCAUUUGGAGAAGACUGAAGAAAUUACGUUCAAUAGUGCGCUGCAAUACUGCGUGCGUAACGACGUGACGUCACCCACGUACACUCCUGGGAGCGCCCACGCGCUGCACACGCUGCUGCGCGUCGCCGUCACACCCGCGCUGCGCACGUUGCUUACUUGUGCGGAGGUCAUGGCGCAGUGUAAAAGAUGUGAGCACAAACGGGUCUUGAAGUUAGUCCAGGAACGCGUGGAGAAUGGUCGGUACCACCCCUACUGUCUAAGCCUCGAGGCGGCCAACAACUGUUUGCAAGGAAUGACGCUUUACGGAGCUCUCGUCAAACAAAGGAGCAAACAGCAACAAGUUACCUAUGAUACGGUGCCAAUAAAACUCGAGGAAUGUCGUCUUUUGAUAUCAUCGAUAUUACCAAGAAAGGAUGUUGAUUUUGGUAACAAUAAUUCGGUUAUAUUUAAACAAGAUGACGUCAAAGCUAAAUUGUAGAAAAAACGCGCCUUAAAACAAAAAUAUUCAAUACGAAUAAUUACUCACCAACCCGAUGGAUUCGGUUCCAAGCGGUUACUUCCAAUUUUUAUCUUUGGAUUUUAUAAAAAGUAUUUUUUAGGUAUAACUAUUGGGUAACUCGUCACAUAGGUUCAAAUUGGUAAUAUCUGCAACAUAUGUUUAACAAUCA